CCGGGAAGAAUUGGAUGGAUCCAAUGCCACUGGAGUCCUGGACAGUGGGUAGGGGCAUCUAUCAUUUGAUGGCGGGGCAGCUCAAGUUGAGGCUGCGGGCUGCCUGCCCCUCACCUCAGCCUUGUCCGCUUUCGCCUCGCCGUGCGUGCAGUGGGUGCUGGAAAUUUUGCGACGACAUGCGACGCCGUCCCGCGAUACACUAUAUACGGCACCCCGUCCGCCGCCCAAGUCGAGUCGACGACAACUCCAAAUGAUCGAUCCGCGCGAGGGCUCACAGCUGCCGUCCCCCCUCUGAGCUCACCCCUUCCCUUUGCGCCUGACCGCCUGGCGCCCGGCCCCUCCCCGCCAUGCCUCGAGAUCCGCUCAUCGGGCUCGUGGGGAAGCCGUCGGCCGGGAAGAGCACCAUGCUCAACAGCCUGACCGACGCUUCCUCCAAAGUCGGCAACUUUCCGUUCACAACGAUCGACCCGCAGCGGGCGAUAGGCUACCUACAGAUCGACUGCGCGUGCGCGCGGUACAAGGUCUCGGACCGGUGCAAGCCCAACUACGGCGCGUGCGUCGACGGCCGUCGCUCCGUGCCCAUCGAGCUGCUCGACGUCGCGGGGCUGGUCCCCGGCGCGCACCAGGGCCGCGGCCUGGGCAACAAGUUCCUCGACGACCUGCGCCACGCCGACGCCCUGAUACAUGUCGUGGACGCCUCGGGCACCGUCGACGCCGAGGGCAAGGAGACGCGCGGCUAUGACCCCUCCGUCGACAUCGCCUGGCUUCGCAGCGAGGUCGUGGCUUGGAUCCUCGGCAACCUGAUGCAGCGAUGGGGGUCCGUCCGCCGCAGGCACAUGGCCGUCAAGGCCUCGGCCGUGGACACGCUGCAGGGCCAGUUCUCCGGCUACGGCGCCACGCAGACGGUCAUCAACCGCACGCUCGACCGCUCAGGCGUCAGGGAGCCGCUCGAGGACUGGUCCGACGCGACGGUCGAGCAUAUCGUCAACAGCUUCGUCGACGAAAAGUUCCCCACCGUCAUCGCGCUCAACAAGAUCGACCACCCGGACGCGGACAAGAACAUCUCCAAGAUUGCCAAGAUGCAGGGCCCCAAGACCAUCGUCCUGUGCUCGGCCAUCUCGGAGAUCUUUUUGCGCAAGAUGGCCAAGCAGGGGUACAUCAAGUACGUCGAGGGCAGCGAGUUCAUCGACACGCGGGAGGACCUCGUGGAGCAGGGCGACCCGACGGGCGGCGACCUCAAGGAGCUGGACGAGAAGAACCGCAACCGGAUCGAGAACCUCAAGGACAUGGUGCUGUACAGGUUCGGGUCCACGGGCGUCGUCCAGGUCCUAUCGCGGGCGGCGGACCUACUCGGCCUGGUGCCCGUCUUCCCCGUCAGGAACACGACGACCUUUGGCUCCGGCGCCAGCGAGUCCAAGUUCGUCUUCAGGGAUUGCGUGCUGGUGAAGAAGGGGUCGACGGUCGGCGACGUGGCCAAGAAGGUCAUGGGCGACGCGCCCAUCGCGUUCGUCGAGGGCGCGGGCAAUCUGAGGGUGGCCGAGGACGACAUUGUCGCCGUCGGGAAGAACGAUGUCUUAUCGUUUAAAGUCGGGCGGGCUUAAUCUAGAAUCACAUCCAACACUACGAACAUAACCUCCUCAACCACGACGACUAACUACAAUAUGCCUGCAUAUUUUGAGCAUCGCAUAUCGCCAUGUCUGCACACACAUACACACGCCCACACAUCGAUCAGGCUCCGCAAAUAUACAUUUGUAUCAUUAUUCUACAGUCCGCAACUCGUAGAGCACACCGUGACGGGCCUUCCAAUACCAAUUACUGAAGCAAAUGGUACUCUCUCGCCCGAAAUCUUGCGUCCUGGGUAUCCUUGUCCGCUCAUGUCUCUCGUUCAUCGUAACCCUAAACGCCGUCCGAAAGGUCCGUCAUGCUGCAUCGCCGUUCGUCUCUCAUCCCGUACCAAGUCGCGGCACUUCACCCAUCUAGCACCGCUGUCGUUGUCAUGCCAUUACCGGUUGCAACUCCAGCCAUGCGGCAGACACCACCUACCACACCACCACCAUCACCAACGCAGCCACCAUUUACAUCUUUUGCG